AGCCGCGUUUCGGCUGCCGGCCGCCCAGCGCCGCCCCGCCGCGGCGGAGGCGGGCAAGGGGCUUCCACGGGCCCCGGGCGGCGGGGCGGGCGGCCCAUAGCGCUCGCCACCGCGGCUGGAGGUCGUUGGCGCAGGGCCUCCCUUGGCGGAGCGGCCGGCCGGGCCGAGAUGGCGACCGCCACGGCUACGCUGACGGCAAACAGGCCCUACGAUCACCUGUACGACACGUCGUACAUCUCCUCCCACCAGAAUGACCACUACAGGGCCACGAACAAGGCCAUGCUCGGGCCGAACUGCCUCGAGCGGGUGCCCGACUCCCAGUACCUCUUCUCUGAGCUGCCGCACUACCCGCGCGCCGGCAUCCAGG